AUAUAUAUCUCUAAUCUUAUAUAGCAAAAGAAGGAGUUCUUCACAAUGGGCACUAUAAAAUUAUAAUACUAAAAAAAAUAGUAUUAUCAUAAUUACUAACACUGAGUUUCCCAAAAAUUAUGUGAUUCAGAGCGUUAUUUCCAGUUUAGUAUUUAUAGGUAUAUAAGAUAUCCUAUCAGACAGGUAACACUUCUGUUUUGUGUUAGACACUGAAGAAGUGAUAUGUGAAUUGAUCAACUGGUGGAAAAUACUGAUAUCUGAUUAUCAUCAUAUUUUGAUUAUUUUUUCGGCUAUGGUAAAACGAUGGCAGAGUGCUGCAGCGAAUAUGAAAAUUAUACACUACAAGAUGUCUGUAGAGAUCACCAGACAGAGGACGUUCGAUUUUACUGCGAAGAUUGCAAAGUAUUUAUAUGCGAUGACUGCAUAAUCGGGGAUCGAAAACACAGCAAGUGUAGCAAGACAAAACUAAAAACAUAUGGUGAUAAACAACUUCAUGCAUUACGAGAGAAAACAAUUACGGUAAAGGAUACCAAACUUCCAAAAAUCAAAACAGCUUUGAAACUUGCAAAAGAUGUUCAACAGUGUUAUAAUGAGUCAGUUAAAGAACAAAUGGAUUUAAUUCGCUCUAGAAGAGAAAUUAUAAGAAAACAUUUUGAUAUUAUAGAAGACGAAUUAACGAAUAUCUUAAAAAAAUAUGAAAUCGAGGCAAACAAGAUUUUCGACGGAUUCAUACGUUUGAAUACUGAUCGUCAAACCUUUAUUGAACACAUUAUAAAAUGUGUUCAACAGGGAGAAGUUGACUUAACAUCUGAUUCUGUUGCAGCAUACCACUCCCAGCUUACUGAAAUAAUUCAAUACAACUGUUCAUCAGAAAUUGUUCCUAAAUUUGAACCACUAAAUUUUGCAAUCAGUGAGAGAUAUUCAACCACUAAGUACUAUCGUAGACUUUUUGGUCACUUUGAAAACUACAGACUGGACGGCCACCAAGACAAAGGAAUGUUGGAUGUGGGGAGUGAAAAAACGGACAGAAACGGCAACUUAGUAGACAUUUCUAGUUGCAUACAGAGCACUGAUGAAGAUGAAAAGGCUAGCGACUUUGAUGAACACUCGACAGAGCCCACAAACAACAAUUCAAAAUUCAAUCAUGUAAUAGUAAAAAGAGUUCUUUGCGAAAAAGACAUUUCUUACAUCAUUCCGAAAGGCAACCAAUUUCACGCGUGGUUAAUAGGAAAAGACAUUUGUGAAAUAAAUCUUAGUACGUCGGAACCAAUUUUAACACAACUUAUUUCAUCAGUAGAAGAACAGCCCGUCACAGCUGCUAGAAGUAAAGCACAUUACUUGUUGGUAGGUUUAAAGAACAAAGGGUCUUUGAAAAAGCUCCAAGUUAACAAUGGUACAAUUAAUCGUAGAAGGAAAUUUUACAAACUAGUAACUCACAGCAAAAUCAAACCUAAGUACAUGAUAACAAUUUGCACGCCUGCAUUGUCCUCAAAUGCAGAUAUCAUAGCAUGUAUGGUCUUCUGUCCAAAACCAGAGAGUUCCGAGAUUACCACAGAAAACCAUACAAUCAUACGUUGGACAUCGUCAGAAAAAAUUACCAAAGAAAUCUGUAUUCCAUACUUUAAAGUUGCAAUAGCAAAUCCUGUGUCUAUCGCUGAAAGUUCAUCUGGUGAUAUUUGUAUUACUUGUUCUCCAGAACAAAAAUCGUCGUGGGUAGUACUGCUUGAUAAAAAUGGGGCACCUAAGAUGAGAUACCCUUCAAAUGAAUCGAAGCAAGAGGCCGUAUCGCACUCUUUCAUUGGGGCUGCAUUUCUUAGUGAUGGUAAUAUUACAGUUAUGGAUCGAGUUAGAUUUCGUCAGCAUCUGAUAAAUAACCGAGGAGAACUUUUGAACAUAAUUCGACACAAGCAAAAACCAUGUAGCUUUGCUGUUGAUUACUUUGAUAAUAUUUGGAUAGGAUUUGAUGACAGAACAGUUCAAGUGAUCAAAUAUGACGUCAGUCUGUACGAGGAUAAUCAAUUACUAACAAAACUAUGACAAAGCUUACAGUUGUAGCUUAUUUUGUAGUUAAAAUUGCUUUUUUGGCACAUUUAAUCAGUUAAGAUGUUAUCACCUAAGAUCUCCCCAGAUUUGGCGGGGUUCGUGUUGUUUGGUCUUUAGUUUUCUAUGUUGUGUUUUGUAGAUUGUUGUUUGUCUUUUGGUCGUUUUUCAUUUUUUGCAAAGGCGUUGUGAUUUGUCUUCCACUUGGUUUGAAUAUUCGUUUGGUAUCUUUCGCCUCGCGUUGUCAACAUCUUUCCGAAAACGGAGAUUUUUGUUAUUAGUUAGAAAAAUGAUUUUGAUGGCGUUAAAUAUUCUAAAUUCUGGAUGAAAUUACCGUAAUGUGGUAUAACUUUAAUUUGUCAAAUUCAAUAAAAUCAAUGAAUAAUCCGAUAAAAUCAUGUGUUAAAUAUGAAUUAAAUGUUUCUUAGUUUUUUAUUUGUGAUAUUGGGAGUCUUUAUCACCUUAUAUAUACAUGUCUAUAUAGAUAGACUAUGUAUGCCAAUGACAUUGCAAUAGAAUUAAUAAAACAAGGUUGGCAAUGAUGCGAUCAUUUUAUGUAUUGUGACGAGUCUGUAAUUUAAAGCGAAAAUAUAAAUGAUCUUAAAAAAAUGAUAGAAGAUGUAUACAUGUGUUAAGUAGAGUAUGUUUUGCAUAUCAAUAUGUUUGAAACUAAGAUUGAUUGUAUUUAGAAAUCAUAGAUGCAUUAUCAAACAGAAGAGAAGUGUUUUAUUAUUGGAAAGUGUAUUGAGUUAUGUGAUGAAUUCAUAUAUAUCUUUGAAUAUUGUUGAAUUAAAAUGGUAUUCUUACUGAUACUAAGAAAAUGUUAUUAAUUCAAGAAAAAUGAAAGCUGUAUUUUGUUUAUUAAGUAAAAUUCAUGACAAAUUCUAUAAUACAGAGACACUUUUUUUUCUACAUUUGAUAUGUUUCAAGUAUAUUGAAAUAUGGUAGUAAUUUGUGGGAAUAGCAGAUCUUUAGGACAGUAAAAACCAAUUUACACUUUUAAAGGGAAUUUUGAAAGUCAAAAAGAGUACAAAUCAUAUGGUACUCUUAGUUCAAGUGAUCAUACAUCAUAGUAAAGGUGUAUUUUGAACUUGGGAGAGGCCUAGGCUGUAUUUACAAAUAUUGUAAAAUAAUGACAUAUUGGUGUAAAUUGUUAAAAAAACUACAAUUGUAUUCUGAAGAAUGUAUAUUAGAAGCUUGUUAUGUUAAAAUCAAAGAUUAAUUGAAUUGGUCAUGUAAAAUAAGAGAAGUAUUGAGUAAUUGUGGCUUAAUGCAUGUAUUGUUGACACACAAAGUUAUAAAUGAAGAUGUUGUAUCUAUAGAUUCAAACAGCGCGUUAUGGAUAUGUUUAUAUCUUAAGCAAUGCCAUUUGUUUGGAGUCUUCUAGAUGUCAGUUUUACAAAUACAUGUUUGAUAGUCAUGGUGCAGUUUUAUCUCAGAUGACAUGUAAUUUAGAUAUAUAUCAGCACGCGUCGUUUACAUACUUAAUCACUGAAACUGGAAGUGUUAUUUUUUUAAAAAUAAACAGGAACACUUCAAUAUGUUAUAUGUGUGACUAUAAUUCUGUAGAAGAUGAAUACCAUUCUAUUUUGGAAUGUAUGAAUGUAUAUACGUUUGAAGAGUAUAAAACCUUCUUACUGGGGAAAUCCAUCAGUACAUAUACUUAUACGAUUAUUUUGUUUUGUAAAAGAAUUUAAUGAUAUUUGAAAGUACAUAUAUAUAACUGAAAGAAUUUGCAACUCUAAAUGUAUACACCAUGCCUAAAAAUUGAAUGACACGGGUUAUGUUCUUCUCAUAUAUUUUAUGACGGUAUAAUACUAAACCCCUAACAGGAGGGAUUGUGCCUGAUAUUCAUAUGAUGAAGACAUAAUCUUUCAAUAAGUUUAAUUGAGGUCUGGAGCUGGCAUGUCAGUAACUGCUAGUAGUCUGUUGUUAUUUAUGUAUUAUUGUCAUUUUGUUUAUUUUCUUUUGUUUCCUAUUCUGACAUCGGACUCGGACUUCUCUUACUGAGUUUUACUGUGCGUACUGUUGUGCGUUUGUUUUUUCUACAUUGGCUAGAGGUAUAGGGGAGGGUUGAGAUCUCAAAAAACAUGUUUAACCCCGCCGCAUUUUUGCGCCUGUCCCAAGUCAGGAGCCUCUGGCCUUUGUUAGUCUUGUAUCAUUUUUAAUUUUAGUUUCCUGUGUAUAAUUUGGAGUUUAGUAUGACGUCCACUAUCACUGAACUAGUAUACUUAUUUGUUUAGGGGCCAGCUGAAGGACGCCUCCGGGUGCGGGAGUUUCUCGCUGGCUGCAUUGAAGACCCAUUGGUGGCCUUCGGCUGUUGUCUGCUCUAUGGUCGGGUUGUUGUCUCUUUGACACAUUCCCCAUUUCCAUUCUCAAUUUUAUUAAAUUGUAUUGAUCAAAAUCUUGCUCCAAGCUUUUACUUUAUUAGUUUUAGUUUUAAUACCAUUCUCCGAAAUUGUAUAAAUUGUAUUAAUAAAUUACUA